AUGCGCCAUCUUUAUCUCGCAUCCGUGCUUUACGUUUUUCUGUUCCUUUUGGAGCGCACAUCUGCCGCGUAUUUGCGUUUCGCGCGUCGUCCACCGCGUCUGUCUCUUCGCGAUGAUGUUUCCCGAGAUAGAGAUAACGGUAUCUUCUCCUCCCCGUCCUCCUCGUGCCAAAACGAAGGCACGAAAACGCACGACGGAUGCGACGACCCGAUGUAUACGAAAGAAAUGAACGGGGACGAAUCCGAUCGGUUCGAUAUGUUUGAACUCGCGCGCUCGUGGACGCCUGGAUUUUGCGCUUCGUUCGACUCUUCUUCUUUGGGAAAAGGAAAGAAAAAGACGGAGUGCCAGAAGGCAUACUUAAAGAACGAGUUGACCGUGCACGGAUUGUGGCCAAGUUAUUCCGAGCCUUUGAGCGACCCCGCGGUGGUAUUGAGAAGUAUUAAAGACAAGAAGAAAUGCUACUGGCCUCAAAAUUGUCGCAUACCGCCGGGGUACCCGAGAAACGAAAGCUUUCGUUACGACGAGAAGGCGUUGCCGAAGGGCGAAGAGUUUGAGAGAUUAGCGCCGGCUUGGUAUUACGACGGUUUAGCCGAACACGAGUGGGAGAAGCACGGGACGUGCGCGAUGUGGCCUGCGAAGGAUGAUGCCACCAGUAUUGGUAGCACAGGAAAGAACGUAGUGAACCCGCUUACGCAGAAAGAUUUUUACGCCGGGAUGUUUCACUUGGCGAAAGAUUUAGGCACGCCGGAGAAACUCUCUCGAAGCGCGGGAAAGAAAGUGUCUUUGGACGAACUCAAAAGUGCGUUUUCGGAGAUAAGUCCUAACCUCGCCGCAUUCGGGUGCGAUUCGAGAUGUAACUUUGUCCAAGUCGUCCAAUGUUUCCGACGACCUUCUUCUUCCUCAGCGCUCGUCUCGAGGAGUAGUACUAGAAAUAGCAGCAGUAGCGAUAGCGAUUUCAUCGGCCACCCGAUGGAUUGUCCGUGCGUCGGCGUUCGCGAUUCUCGCUACGACAACUCCUGCGAGAGUCACUGCGCCGAUGGCGUGUACAUCGUCGACGCCGCCGCCCCUUGA